AUGGCUAAACCAGUGUCCAGAAGCUCAUCAUUUCUCAUAAACACGGUGUCGCAAGAAUCGUCGCAACCAUCAAUCACGGCUUGCCCGCCCCAUUUAACGGACUCCCCAGAGGAGGACGGCGACGACGCCGACCACUACUAUACUGCCCCACCGCCGCACACACCAGCCUCAAGCUCAAACCUCUCUCAUACGCAUCCUCCGCCAUUCUCAUCCCUUGUCUUUCCAUCACCCUCCGACCCCAAUCGUGCAUCUAAAGUCACCGAGCCCGGACCCGCUUGCCAUCCUGCGUUAGCGCCUCCAGCACCUGGCGACGAGUCGCUUGAGCCAGCCCCUUCUUCGGCGGUUGUUGCUGACACAAAAGCGUCAUUUUCUGAGACGAAAAACGACGGCUCCGACGACGGCGAACCACCGCCGCCUUACACAGAAGGUUACAGUCCCUUGGAGUCUUUCACCUACGUGAUGGCUGCUGCAGGAGGUGCCUCCAGUUUGAUCACUCAGGUCCAACAGACCGGGCCGCUGAACACUCUUAGUGAUAUCGGCGGAGAUGAAAACAUCAAUCUCGACCUUAGGGGUACACGAUUCAGCCUCUCGCGAGAUGAGCUGUUGACAUUGCCUGAAUUUGUCUUGCUUUCACUCUUCCCCAAUGGUCUCCUCCCUGAUGGACAUGCGACUGCAAAUGGCUACGAAGGCGAUGUUUUCCCAGUCGACUACGAUCCGGCCUCUCUUCAGUACAUGCUGGACUUCUUCCGAACGGUUGCCCAAUCAAUUCCCUCGCCACCAGCUUCUGGCUCAGCCUCACCUGAACCGGAGGGAACAGACCCAAUGCAGAACUCCACCCGCGACAUGCUGCAGGACCGUGCGGGCAUCAUCGUCCUACGAGAGGACCUCGACUUCUAUGUAAUCCCCCCACGUGCGGACAUCGGACACGAGGAGAUGCUGGAAGUCAAACAAUCAGCUGGCAGAUCGUUGUUGAGACAAGACGGUAUUUUCUCUGGGCUCAGAAAGAGUGAAGAGGUCGGGUCAACUGAGCAGCAUUUGAUUGAAAUGCUGACGGCUGGAGGAUUUGAUCGUGCGGACCAGUGGGGCCAUCGUGCUCCGGAGCCUCACAAGGCGGUUAUCUGCAGUCUUGCACUCGCCAAACUCCGCACCGACAUCCGUGGAGACCUAUCCAACAACAAUGCGGUGGGUAUGGCCCAGAAGCUUCUAUUGUUCUGGCGCAAACCCGCCCGUCGCUGCUGGUGGGAAGGCAUCGAGCUUACCGAUGUCGAGGGGGUUGAAGGUCCAGUCAAGAUCUGGAUCAGGCGUGUGUGGACACUGGAGAUGAGCGUGAUUGGUCUUCGUUGA